AUAGUACCACCACCAGGCGUAUGCGCGCCUACAACGUGCUGUUGGAGCCGCGAUACACAGGUCGAAAAAUUUCAGCCUCACCAAGGUUCAGCAUGACUAGGGUGUCUAUCAGGUGAGGAGCUGAUUCUUGACCCACGCCUGCACCACCUCACUCCGUGGGAAGACCGCCGCCACUACCACAACCAGUACCACUGUUACCACGACUACCACCACCACCACUACCUGUGUACCUCUUCAUUCUGUGCCAGGCAGUCGUCACAUAGCCAAGAUGGAAGACAUAGACCACAACAGACUGUCUGAGCUGGAGAUCAUCUCCCAGCCAGCGGAGGAUGAGGGCCCGUGCAUGGGGCCCCCGGUCCAGCUGGUGAGCUACGGCUACAGGGACCUGCCCCUGACCGCCCUGGACCUCUCUCUGGCCGGCUCCCAGCUCCUCUCCAACACAGACGAGGACGAGAGCAGAGAGGGCUCUAACUGGCUGAGGCCGUGCUGCGGCCGGCGCGUGGCUCUGUGGCAGGUGUGUCUGCUCAGCGCGGGCUUCAACUGCAUCCUGGUGGCCAGUGUCCUCCUGGUGGUGCUCUUCCUCGUCCUGGAGCUCCUCAUAGACACCAAGCUCCUGCAGUUUGCCAAUGCUUUCCAGUUUGCCAGCAUCAUCCAUUGGAUCAGCCUCAUCAUCCUCUCCCUCUUCUUCUCAGAGACUGUUUUCAGAAUUGUAGUUCUUGGGAUCUGGGACUACAUUGAAAACAAAGUAGAGGUGUUUGACGGGGCGGUCAUCGUCCUGUCCCUGGCCCCCAUGGUGGCGUCCACGGUGGCCAACGGCCCCAGCAGCCCGUGGGACGCCAUCAGCCUCAUCAUCACGCUGCGCAUCUGGAGGGUCAAGCGGAUCAUCGAUGCCUAUGUGUUGCAGGUGAAGGUAGAAAUGGAGCUGGAGGUGCAGCAGUGUGAGAAGACCCGAGCUCUGAGGGAAGAGCAGCUGGAGCGCCUCACCCAGAUCUGUCAGGAACAGGCUUUUGAGAUCAGGCAGCUGCGGGCCCACCUGGCCCAGCAGGAGGUGGACCUGGCCGCGGGCCGGGACGCCGCCCUGCAGGCCCACCACCACCACGCCUGCUGGGGGGGGAAGAAGAGCUGCUUCCAGGGCCUGGAGGGUCGUGGCCCCGGGGAGUCUGAUGACGAGGGGGGCCAGAGGAACCUCGCGGACCCCCUGCGGCCCCCAUCAGAUCCAGUUGUGCGUGAUGAUAUGAACAACUAUAUCAGUCAGUACUACAGCGAGACAAGCACCGAUGCUUCCACGGCUGUCCCCGGCGCCCGGGUCAUCACCAUGGCGGCCAUCGACAUGCACCGCCCCGCCACCAACGCCAACCUCGUCCUCUCCAACCCCCUGCUGGCCAUGGAGCGGCUGGGCGGCGACUCCGUGUCCGCCGGCGUGCCGCGCUCCAGCGGCAGCCUGACCCUGCGGCCCAACAGCCUGAACAGCCCCGCCCCGGGCGCCGCCGACCCGGAGGGCGGCCCGGGCUGGGCGGCCCGGAGCUACAGCCUCAACUACGGCUCCCAGCACUUGCGUCGCGCCGCCGCCGCCGCGCCCCUCACCUCAGGCCAGGCCGUCCUGCCUCCCUCCUCCUCAUCCUCCUCCUCCUGCAAGGACCCCAGCCUGGCGAUGCAGGAGCUGCUGUGCUCCCUGACGGAGGACGCCUGCCUGGGACCCAAGGGCCUGGCCGUGAACCCGCUGAACCUCAAGCCGCCGAGCCCCGCCGGGUCGGCCGGCGGCAGCCCCGAGCUGCAGCACAGGAUCAACGUGUACAACCGAAGGAACCAGGAGGAGGGGCGGAGCCAGGGUCGGGGCCAGGGGCGGGGCCAGGGUUGUGUCCUCCUUCAGACUAAGCCCCUCAUCCACCUGCAGGGCGGCGGUGGGCAGCCCUCCCUGGACGAGAAGUACCGCCUGCUGGGGUCUGCGGACAUGCCCCUGGGACACAUGCCGGACACAUAGGCUCCACGGGGGCCAGGAGACUCGAGCGGUGUUCGGCAAACUUUCGGCCUGAGUUCAAUCCAUAUCAAUCUAAGGUGAACAGGUUCCCUUUUUCUGUCUUGUUUUUGUUCGCUGUAGAUUCCACUCGACAGCCAACCCCUGAGGCAAGCUUAGACAUAUCUGUUCCUGCAAAACUCUCUCCUCAUGAUUUUGAAAAGGACCGCAUAGAUUACUCUAUAUGAUGCUCUGUUUUUUUUCUAUAUCUUAUGAUAUCCCUGUUUGCCCUCAAAGCAUUUUCGAAAACACAAAGGCCUUGAUAUAGCACAACAACUACUACAAGUCCCUGCUGAGAGGGAAAAACCAACGUGUCGCUGGAGACACUCUCUAUCAGGAAUCCUCCAUUUUUACGAGAGUCACACAAAGUAUUCA